UCAAGAUAAUUCAAUACGCUACAAAAACAACUUCUGCCCGUCAGACAGAAGCACGAAACAGUCUGAAUUCUUAAGUCGGUGACUAAAUUGUGAUGCCACCGGAAUAAAUAUUUGGCAUUCACUGACCACUAUUCUGCUUUUGUUUAUUGUUAAUCGGCUAUUUUUAUGGUUAGCAUGUUUGCUAACGAAGACGGGAGUUGGCGAAGUGAUUUCUCUCGCGUUACUCUCCUCUCUGCUCAUUGUAGCUGCCGUCAUGGUCGUACUGAGAGGAAUCCCCUCAGUUUUGUCACCUGAACUGCUCUAUGCCCUCGCUAAAAUGGGUCACGGGGAUGAGAUUGUGCUAGCUGAUGCAAAUUUCCCAGCAUCUUCCAUUUGUGCUUGUGGUCCAAAAGAGAUCAGAGCUGAUGGUUUGGGGAUCCCACAGCUUUUGGAGGCCAUUUUGAAACUGUUGCCCCUGGACACCUACGUCCCCUGUCCGGCUGCAGUCAUGGAUCUGGUAGACAGCGACAAACAGAGAUGUUUAGCUGUCCCAGUGUGGGAGACCUACAGAGAGCUGCUGAACCACGCUGGCUCUCAGUCUCCUCUUGAGAUGGUGGAAAGAUUUGCUUUCUAUGAAAGAGCCAAGAAGGCCUUCGCUGUUGUGGCAACAGGGGAAACCGCUCUGUAUGGCAACCUGAUACUGAAGAAGGGGGUCAUCCCUGCUGAUCAGCUGCAGUGAUAACCACACAUUUUCACAUUUGUUUAAUUCAGAUGAUUUCUGUUAAAUGCAAAUGGUUUUUCAGUUUUUGAUUUGUGUUACACGCAUUUUCUUCAGUCAUUUCAGUCAAUAAUGUAAUUAUUUUCUGUUGAAAUCAAGGGAAUAUUUUUGCAUAAAAAUUCAAAACAACUUUUGCUAAUUUAAAAACACUAAAUAUGAUCUAGCUGAUCUUUAGAUUACGUUGAGUUGGCAUCAGCCUUUGUUUUUGUAAAUAAUUUACACAUUUUGCAUCAUUUCAUUAAAUAAAACACAAGAAGUCUUUAAAA